AUGGAGGACGAACCUGAGCGGCUCGAAGACGAUAUAACAGAAUCCGAGUGCAAAGGCCUCGACAGAGCUCGCGAGUUCCUGAAGACUGGCAGUUCAUAUGCUAUUCAGCAUGCUACAAAGCCAGCCACAAUUGGUCUUGUGCUGUCGAGUAGCCCUCAGGNNAUUGGCGAGAAGUUUCUCGCAUGGACCGAUGGAGACCCACCCACAUCUCUGAUCUUGGAGUCUGUCAGCUUGUAUUGGCUCACUGGAUGUGCAGCGACAUGUCUCUGGCCUUAUCGAAUUUUCUACACUCCUGGCGUCAAUGGCAAUCCACACAACAUGUCUGAGUACAAGAUACCGGAUAACAAGCGAUUCGGAUACUCUUACUAUCCGUAUGAGCUAUACCCUGUUCCGAAGUUAUGGGCCGCUACUACAGGUAACUUGACUUUCUUCCGUGCUCAUGAGAAGGGAGGACAUUUCGCAGCCAUCGAGCAGACAGAGACAUUCUUGAAAGACCUUGAGGAGUUUGUGCAGGAAAGCCGCGUAGCUGCCGGUUUCACUGAACUC